AUGCGAAUGCGUUACCUGAAGAUACAUGAUGACGUCUCUGCAACCUCCGUUGCCCCCAACACCACACCUAUAGGACCUAUACAGAGUUUGUCACUCUCACGUGCUCUUCGCCCUCAGUCGAAAGUCCUCGUCUUGGUCGUCGUUGUGGAGGACAUGCUUGUCGUCGAAGUCCUCGCGACAAACGGAAGAAGCACCAGCAGCUGCGUGCUUUGCCGAACAUGUGCCCGCGAGAGCGACCUUGCAGAUACUCCUGACUCCUUCCGGUAUGAUACUCGGGCUUCUCUCUCCUGCUUGCGUCUACCUGUCCUGGUUGUGCUGGUAGUGGAUGAUGUCGAAGUGGAAGUGGUUGACAUGGAGGUGGUCGUCAUCGAAGUGCUUUUUGUACCUGUGAUGCUGGUUGUAGUGCCGCUCGCAGUUCUGCUCGUGCUUGUGGCCGAAGAUGUGCUCGUGCGGGAGCUACUGGUUCUUGAGCUGCUAGUGGUCGUGGCGCUCGUGCUGCUUGAGCCGGUUGUGCUCGUCGUUGCACUGGUUGUGCUGCUGCUGGUUACAGUGGAGCUUACCGUUGUUGUGCUGGACGUGCUAGUGCUGGUUGUGCUCGAACUGGAUGUGCUGGUGCUGGACGUUCUUGAGCUGGACGUGCUGGUGCUGGUCGUGCUUGAGCUGGAUAUGCUGGUGCUGCUUGUGCUGGAACUUGUCGUGCUCGAGCUGGAUGUGCUGGUGCUGCUUGCGCUCGAACUUGUUGUGCUCGAGCUGGAUGUGCGGGUGCUGCUUGUGCUCGAGUGUGUUGUGCUUGAGCUGGAUGUGCUGGAGCUGCUGAUGCUUGAGCUGGUGCUGCUUGUGCUUGUGCUUGUUGUGCUGGAGCUGCUUGUGCUCGAGCUGGUUUUGGUUGUGCUAGUCGUGCUAGAAGCGGUUUUGGUUGUACUGGUUGUACUCGAGCUGGUUUUGGUUGAACUUGUCGUAGUCGAGCUUGUCGUGCUCGUGCUUGUCGUGCUCGUGCUUGUCGUGCUCGUGCUUGUUGUGCUCGAGCUGGUGGAGCUUGAGCUCGUGGAGCUCGAGCUCGUCGUGCUUGUGCUAGUUGUGCUCGAGCUGGUGGAGCUUGAGCUCGUUGUGCUGGAGCUUGUUGUGCUCGAACUGCUUGUGCUUGUUGUGCUGGAGCUGCUAGUGCUCGUGUUGGAUGUGGUGGAGCUUGUUGUGGUUGUGCUGGUAGUGCGCGAGCUGGUGGUGCUCGAGCUUGUUUUGCUAGAACUCGAUGUUGUACUUGUGCUUGAGCUUGUUGUGCUCGUGAUGCUGGUGCUCGAGCUGAUGGUACUUGUGACUGUUGUUGUUGUGAACUCACUGCUGCUUGUUGUGCUUUUUGUAGCUGUGCUUGAGCUGGUUGUGCUCGAGCCGGUCGUGCUGGUGCUGAUUGUGCUCGAGCUGGAUGUGCUGGUGCUGGUCGUGCUUGAGCUGGAUAUGCUGGUGCUGCUUGUGCUGGAACUUGUCGUGCUCGAGCUGGAUGUGCUGGUGCUGCUUGUGCUCCAACUUGUUGUGCUCGAGCUGGAUGUGCGGGUGCUGCUUGUGCUCGAGCUUGUUGCGCUUGAGCUUGUUGUGCUCGUGCUGCUUGUGCUGGUGCUUGUUUCACUCGAGCUUGUUGUGCUCGAGCUGCUUGUUGCCGUGCUGGUUGUGCUCGAGCUGGUUUUGGUUGAGCUUGUCGUGCUCGAGCUUGUCACGCUCGAGCUUGUUGUGGUCGAGCUAGUUGUGCCGGAGCUGGUGGAGCUUGAACUCGUAGUGCUCGAGCUGGUGAUGCUCGAGCUGGUGGUGCUCGAGCUGCUCGUGCUAGAACUCGUUGUGCUUGAGCUGCUUGUGCUCGAGCUUGUCGUGCUUGAGCUGCUCGUGCUCGAACUGCUUGUGCUCGAGCUCGUGGUGCUCGAGCUCGUAGUGCUGAAGCUAGUCGUGCUCGUGCUGCUUGUGCUCGUGCUUGUCGUGCUCGAGCUAGUUGUGCUAGAGCUGCUGGAACUUGAGCUCGUGGUGCUUGAGCUGGUGCUGCUCGAGCUGCUAGUGCUAGAACUCGUUGUGCUUGAGCUGCUUGUGCUCGAGCUUGUCGUGCUUGAGCUGCUGGUGCUCGAACUGCUUGUGCUCGAGCUCGUGGUUAUGGUGGUUGUUGUACUUGUGCUGGACGUGCUGCUGCUUGUUGUUUGGCUGGUUGUGGUCUGGGUGGUGCUGCUGGUAGUUCGGCUUGUGCUUGUGCUAGAUGUCGUGCUGCUUGUGCUGCUCGUCGAGCUACUUGAAGAAGUAGUGGUGCUGGUGAUCGUUGUCCGUGUUGUUGUUGUUAUUGUUGUAGUUGUGAUGGUGGUGGUGGUGGUUGUGAUGGUGGUGGUACUUGUCGCUGUGGAUGUGGUUGAUGACGAAGAGGUUGCCGUCGUGGACGUUGAUGUACUGCACGGACUACGUCUUACCGCACAUGCUCAGGACCUAUCCUUGAAGUCAGAAAGAGCGCGCUACCAUGGACCGUGCGGUCACACCUCGAUGAUCCCGGCACCUGAACAUGCCUGUGACUACAUGUGUGCUGGCCUUGAUGUUGAUGUCGAUGAGCUCGAUGUCGUGGAGCUGGUGCUGGUGCUGGUGCUCGUGGAAGAAGUUGUGCUGGUUGAUGUGCUUGUGGUGGUCGUCGAGCUCGUUGAUGUGCUUGUUGUGCUCGUGGAAGUGGAAGUAGUUGUGCUAGAAGUGACAGAUGUUGAGCUUGUAGUGGAAGAAGUCGCAGUAGUUGUGCUUGUUGUAGUGGUGGUCGUAGACGUGCUCGUGGUGGAGGUGCUUGUCGUGGAGGUGGAGCUUGUGGUCACGCUGGUACUGCUAGUGCUUGUUGUGGUGCUGGAGGAGCUGGUUGUUGUGCUGCUCGUGCUGGUCGAUGUCGUGGAGCUGGAUGCGGUUGAGGUGGUGCUCGAUGUGGUCGCACUUGUGGUACUUGUCGAGGACGAGCUGCUUGUCGUCGUCGUUGAGCUUGUGGAGGUUGAG